ACCUUCCAGAUCUCUGUGAAAAUGCCAAUUCGUGCCAAGGUAUGGAUUCAACUCCAGGACUUUGGUGGGGAGCCAAAACUAUCUGAUUUCAAAUUAGAAGAGGAAGAUGUACGUGGGGAGAGUGUUGGAGAGCUCCAACCUGGAGAGUUUGUGAUCCAGGCUGAGUACAUCAGUGUUGAUCCUUACCUAAGGUGGGUCAAAUUUUACUUGGGAGAAAGGAGCAAGUUUGUGAUCCAGGCUGAGUACAUCAGUGUUGAUCCUUACCUAAGAUCUCAUUCUGCAUCCCUUGCCAGGCAUACGGCCAGUGUGGAGCAACAUGAAACUCCCCCUAUGGUCAUGAAUGGGACUCAAGUUGCUCGGGUAGUGGCAAGUCGGAACAACAAGUACAUAAAUGGCACAGCCGUAUUUGCAAAUGUAGGUUGGCGCACUCACACUCUGAUAAAGGGGCUCCUAGACGCUCUUCUAAAGUACCCAGAGUACCAAGAGGGAUGGACGAAGAGGGGUGAAGGGAACACUGCUUAUUUUGGAUUCUUGGAGUUGUGUCAACCCAAGAAAGGAGAGACUGUUGUUGUCAAUGCAGCUGCUGGGGCAGUUGGCAGUCUGGUGGGGCAAAUUGCCAAAAUCAAAGAAUGCCGGGUGAUUGGGUAUGCUGGGAGUGAUGAUAAAGUGGAGUGGCUGAAGGAACUGGGAUUUGACCAUGCUUAUAAUUACAAGACUGUUGAUUUGGCUGCCUCACUUAAGGAAGCUGCACCAAAUGGUAUUGACUGCUUCUUUGACAAUGUUGGAGGGGAGAUGACAGCUGUGAUAAUACAGCACAUGAACACCUUUGGUCGUAUGGCUAUCUGUGGGUGUAUCAGCAAGAAGGGUAAUGAUCCUGCAAAAUGGCCAAAAGUGCCCCAGUGGACUCCUGUUGUGUUGUUCAAGCAACUUCGCAUUGAAGGGUUCAUCGUCUUGCGUUGGAUGGAUCGAUGGAAUGAGGGAGUGCACCAGAUGAUUAAGUGGGUCAAGGAGGGGAAGCUGAAGUAUCGGGAGACAGUGACAACAGGAUUCGAGAAAACCCCUGAGGCAUUUGUGGGUAUGCUAAAGGGGGAAAACAUUGGGAAGGCCAUUGUGAAGGUGAACUUCCAGGGCCUCUUGAAGAUGCCUAUUCGUGCCAAGAAAUGGAUCCUCCUCAAUGAGUUUGUUGGGGAGCCAAAACCAUCUGACUUCAAACUGGAGGAAGAAGAUGUGCUAGGGGAGAACAUUGGGGAACUCCAGCCUGGAGAAUUUGUGAUACAGGCUGAGUACAUCAGUGUUGAUCCAUACCUGAGGGUGAGACUGAGUCGAAACAACAAGUACAUAAAUGGCACGGCCGUGGUUGCAAAUGUUGGAUGGCGUACGCACACACUGAUCACACCAGAGACCCUGCGAGAAAACUUCACUGGUCUUGUGAUUCUCCCCUCCUGCUUCUCUCCACUACCCAUCUCACUUGCCUUGGGCACCUGUGGCAUGCCUGGAAAUACUGCAUACUUUGGAUUCUUGGAGUUGUGCCAGCCAAAGAAAGGCGAGACAGUUGUAGUCAAUGCAGCUGCUGGAGCAGUUGGCAGCCUGGUGGGACAGAUUGCCAAAAUCAAAGAAUGUCGUGUGAUUGGGUAUGCUGGAAGUGAUGAUAAGGUGGAGUGGCUGAAGGAACUGGGGUUUGACCAUGCAUAUAAUUACAAGACUGUUGAUUUGGCUGCAUCGCUCAAGGAAGCUGCCCCAAAUGGUGUUGAUUGUUUCUUUGACAAUGUUGGAGGGGAGAUGACUGCUGUGAUAAUGCAGCACAUGAAUACCUUUGGUCGUAUGGCUAUCUGUGGAAGUAUCAGUGGUUAUAAUGAUGACCGUGCAAAUAUGCCAAAAGUGCCUCAGUGGACUCCAGUUGUGCUGUUUAAGCAACUUCGCAUCGAAGGCUUCAUCGUUUUGCGUUGGAUGGAUCGAUGGAAUGAAGGAGUGCAACAGAUGGCAGAAUGGGUCAAGGAGGGACAAUUGAAGUAUCGUGAGACAGUGACAACAGGGUUUGAGAAAACCCCUGAGGCUUUCAUAGGCAUGCUCAAGGGAGAAAACACUGGGAAGGCUGUUGUGAAGAGAAUAAAAGAGAAGCUGCAGGAGAAGGAGGCAGAUGCCUGGGCUGAGGAAGAACGGAAACGGCUGGCAACCAGUGAAGCCUACUUCAGGAAACGAGUGGUGGAAGCCAGUGAGGAGAUUCGAGACCUGGAGGCAAGGCUAAGGGCAGCUUAUGUGCAGAAAGAGCUUGCAGCUCAACAGGCUGAACGCCAACUUCGCACGCAGCUUCUCAAGGAGCAGGAGAGACAACAGCAGGAGGAAGAACGUUACAGGGAACAGAUGAUGGUGGAUGCUGCCAUGCGCAAGAUCCAGGAGGAAGACAUGAUACGCAGGCAGGAAUAUAUAAAGAUGCGAGAGGAACGUGAGCGAUCGGAGGCUGAGAAGAAGAGAGUCAAAGAUGAAAAGCAGGAGGUUGCUUACCAGCAACUCAAGGAGAAGAUCGAGGCUGAACAGCGAGCAAGAGAGGAAUGGGAGGCAGUGAUGGAGGUGCUGUGGGAGGAGGAACGACGAGAGAAGGAGCGAGAAAUGUGGGAGGAGAGAGAAAGGGAAAUGGAGGAGCAGAGGAAGGCCAUCAAGGAGAAUUACCUCCUCCAGUUGCGUCUCCGUGAGGAACAAAGGGAGCGAGAGAAGGAUGAGGAACGCCUUAUGCGCAUCCAGUGCAUGGAGGAAUACUUCUUCAUUGUGAGGCAGGAGUGGCUGAAGAGACAGGCUGAGCUACUUGCUGAGGAGGAAAGACGCAGGCAGGAAUAUAUAAAGAUGCGAGAGGAACGUGAGCAAUCGGAGGCUGAGAAGAAGAGAGUCAAAGAUGAAAAGCAGGAGGUCGCUUACCAGCAACUCAAGGAGAAGAUCGAGGCUGAACAGCGAGCAAGAGAGGAAUGGGAGGCAGUGAUGGAGGUGCUGUGGGAGGAGGAACGACGAGAGAAGGAGCGAGAGAUGUGGGAGGAGAGAGAAAGGGAAAUGGAGGAGCAGAGGAAGGCCAUCAAGGAGAAUUACCUCCUCCAGUUGCGUCUCCGUGAGGAACAGCGGGAGCGAGAGAAGGAUGAGGAACGCCUUAUGCGCAUCCAGCUGAUGAAGCAGUUUGCAGAGGAGGAGCGGCUGGAACAGGCCACCGCAGAGAAGCGACGGCGAAGGGAGGUGGAACAUCGGAAAGAGGUCGAGAGGCUGAUAGAGGAGAAGAGAAGGGAGCAGGAAGAGAGAAGGAAGGCAGAGGAGCGAGAGUGGGAAGAAUGGAAGGAGCUUGAUAAGAUCAGGGCUGCCAUCAUCGAAGAGGAGAAGAAGCGACUGCUGGAGGCACAUAGGCCAUAUUUAGGACCUUUCACCCCUCAUCGGCACCUCCAGGGUCGAGGAAAUCCUUCCGACGCGUCCCCGUGAUGUCCGCUUUUUUAGGGUCGCAUUGAGUCUUCGAAAAAAAAAUCAGGGCUUUUCAGGAAGAUCUGAAACUUGUUGAGGUUUUGAUGAAUAAUUUUUAUUUCAUAUGCUCUGGUAGGAGUGAAUGCUAUGAGAAGUGGAGUUGUGAUCUGUUUUUAGAAACCACUUUCAUCUGCAGUACCUAAACAUCUUAUUAUCGGCGAUUCUGGUUUUAGCUUUACGACCUACUUCUUUGUGCGAAUGGAUAUCUCUAGUCUGCCUUGACAUUCAUAUCCUAGAAAUGGUCACAAAGAGCUCUAUGGCUCACAGAAUUCUAUGUGGGAGUCAUUGGACUCAAUAAUAGUUCCCCUCAAAGUACUUCCUUCCCACCUGGUAUGCUGAAGAUUUCUCACUUCCACUGUGUACACUCUCAUCAGCACAGAUCUGUCCUUAGAGGACAAGAUCCUCAAGUCUGGGGAAGAUCUGCUGCAGGUGCAGAUUUUUUUCUCAUUCUGCCACCUCAUUUCAGAGGUUUCUGGCAUGUCUAAACCUUUGUUGCUUUUGUACCAACGAGUACAAGUCGACACACCACAAUACAAUGCACAAUCUGAUUGACCAGGAUCUCAACUUGGGAGUGAAUCCCAUUGAUUGUGAUGAUUUUUAUACUUUAUGUAAUAAACUUUCUUUGCUCUUUGAGA